GCUCGUUAAUCCAUUCAGCAAGAAGGCUUCGUUCUACACUCGUUCCAACAUUCCUCAUACAAUAGCUACUUAUUAAUACCUAAUUGUAUCAACGCGAGCUGUACAAAUAACCACCAAGAUGCGUUUCUCCGUAGUUGUCGCCGGCUUCUUCGCCGCUGUCGCGAGCGCCCAGUCCGAGACCUCCUCUGUUGAGUCCUCCGUCGCGUCUGACAUCUCCUCCAUCACCUCUGCCGCAUCUGGUGCCUCGUCAACCGCUGUCGCGUCUACUUCCGUAGACACUGCUUCUCUCACUUCCGUCAGCAUUGACCCUGCCCAGAGCUCUGCUCAGGCUGCCAUAACCGACUGCCUCAAGGCCUGCUCUGCUGACGAUGUCAACUGCCAAGCCAAGUGCAUUGCUGUGCCCAGCCCUGACACCCAGAACGUGAAUAAGACCACCGACUGUGUUGCUGCCUGCCCCCAGGGUAACGGUACCGCCACUGACAACUUGAACUACGCCAACUGCGUCAACGAGUGCAUUGCCCAAUACUACUACACCACAACGGGAACUCCCAACCUUGCGUCCAGCACCGGUGCCAGCGGUAGCGGCGCCAGCGCUACCCCUAGCGUCACCGAGGUUAAGUCGACCGUUACUUCUGACGGAUCAACCUUCGUUACCUCCUUCUCGAGCACUGUUGCUGCUUCCGGAACCGGUUCUGCCGACUCGGCUUCCUCUACCUCCAGCUCAUCAGCCGCUGCCGAUAUGCUCUUCUCUCCUGUCGGCUCUGGCAUUGGCCUAUUCUCCUUCUUGGCCGCUUUCCUCGCUCUAUAAGCGGGGUGGCUAGCUGAGUGAUGAGUAUGGACGCUAUGGAUAACGGGAUGGGGCCAAUAUCAGUAUCAUAAUGCUAUGGAUAUGUUGGGCGAUAUUUUAAUAGCGGGCGCAAAAGUGGAGUGAAGGGAAAAAGCUUUAUUAAUGCCUUCGGACGUCGAUAUUUAAUUGGAUAUGUAACCACGCUACAUAGACGCGAAUAUAAAUCUGCUAUUGACGGCCAACU